AUGUCCGGCUCACUGAUGCCUGAGGCACAACUUUCGAACACCUUAAAUCCGUUAGCUGAACGUGGAGGUGCGAGCGCGCCACCAGCGCAGUAUGCAGCGUCUGGGUCUGAUGAGACUAUCAUCACGAACCCGCUCGAUGAGCAACCACAACUGCUUGUUCAAAGAGAAGAAAACGCUCAGCGUCAUGUACAAAUGUCUACAACCCUUGAACGCCAGCGUGACUAUGUGUUCACCCCACCCAGUGUGGAGGAACGUCUACGUCAAGCGGCCGGCCAAACAUUGGCAACGUGGGUCAUUGGCCAUGGGCCUAAGACUUUUGAGGAGGUGGUGAGCUGCCAGGCACUUCGCAAGAGGUACAUGAAGCCGCACUUAACGACUCAAAGUCAAUACAAGGCACGCCUUGACAUGCAAGCGCGCGAAACAGUGAGCGAAGAAGACGAUGCCUUUGUUCACUGGAAGCACUAUGUGCGUCGCCUCAGCAACAUUUUUGCUCUAAGGGCUAGUGCCAGUGUGGCUGACGUGCGUCUUGGACGCAAGCUUCGGUAUGAUUAUUCCAAGCUUAAGGCCAGAGGCCAAUUGCGCAAGCGCACGCGCUAUGCUUCGGCUACUAAGGUAUCCGCGAGUGCUGGUCAGUCUGUGGCCAACAACCCGCCAACCCGCACCACUAGUGGCGGGGAACGGCCUCGGCCUCGAGAUGACCAUGGCCGCGAUGCUCAAAAGUCUCCAAAGCAUAUGGGCAGUCUUGCCGAAGGGGUACCUAAAAUUCCCAUGAGUUUUCAGACUCAGGGUACCCACGCCACUUUACCAGAUAGUGUUAUUGGCCCUGACGAUGACGUCGUUUCAGUAGUCUCUCGACAUGAAACUGACGACACCCAUGCUCAUCGAGCAAAGUCGGUGGCGGCCGGUGUACCGGUGGAGGCCCACGAGAAAUUGGUUCUCGAAGUGAAGGGUCUUCAAGAGGCCUUGGGUAAGUCCCAGUGCAUGCUGGAUGCGAUGCAAAGCCGCCUUCAGGCGAUGGAGCAAGCUCAAACUCGGAGCGAGGCUCAGUUGGACUUGCUGAUUCGUCUACAGCAAUCCGGGGUAGUGCCCUUGUCGUCGGCGCAAGCACCUCCAAGUUCACAUGGGAAGGAUCCCGGUACGGCUUAA